GAACAAGUUUCAAGGAAGAAAUAAUCAGAAUGGUCUGCACAAGAAAGGUGUCACUGCAAAAACAUUUUAUAUUGGAAUUGGUGUUCAACUAACAUUGAGUUCAACAACUAAUAUUUAGCAAUUAACAGCAAGUACCAAAGUUUUUCUACAAGCCAAGAUUAUAUUCCAACUCUUAUUCAUUUCGCCAUGUUCUCCUGGUACUUGGGUUAAUAUGACAAUCACUUAUGACUUUGUUGCUUCCAAUGAAAUAAUUAUUUUACAAAAUGCAAUUGAAGAAAAUGGAAAAAUUGAUACCAUGAGAGUGGGACUAUACAACAUGACUUCUAUUGAUGUUCCACCUCCUCCAUUUAAAUUCACUGCUGAAGCAAUUUCACUUGAUUCAAUUAAUGCGUCAUGGACACCUGUAAAUGUCACAAUUGAUGGUAAUUUAACAGUUCAAGGUUAUACAGUUUUCUACAGAAAGUAUCAAGAUCCAAAUUCUCAAUGGAACUGGACCUCAUGUCAGAACACAACAUAUUUGGUCAUAGAUAGGUUAGAUCCAUAUACAACUUACGUACUAAGAGUUCUAGCUUUUCAUUCUAUGGGAAAUGGAAUUAGUUCAUAUUCGGUUGUUGAAAGAACGUUUGAAGGAAAACCUCCAGAAGAACCCAAAAAUUUGACAUGUACACCUGAUUCAUCAAGCAGUGUUACUCUGUAUUGGAAUCGUGUAAUGGAAUGGAGAGGAUUUAAACGGAGUUAUACAGCAACUUAUAAACUAUUUAGUGUAGAAGAACCCUUCUCUAAUGUAACAUUUAGCACAAAUGAUGUAACAGGAAAAAUUUCUAGCUUAAAAGUCUUUAGUAAAUAUGUGUUAUAUCUCACUGCAGACACUAAUGCUGGAUCAGGGCCUGAGGCCUGGUGUGUUUUCACUACUUUGGGAACAGUUCCAUCAGUUGGUCCUUUGAUAAUUGGCUGGUAUCUUGAUCAGUAUCGUCCAAGUGAGGCUGUCAUCCGAUGGAACCCAAUCCCUGAUAAUUAUACCAAUGGAAAAUUGUUAUAUUAUAAAAUUUCUUAUGGUAUAUCUCGUAUUGGAAAAGUCUUCUUUCCUCCUAAAAUGACAGAUGUUUGGGUUGACCAGUAUACCACAGGAUAUGUAAUUAAAAGUUUGUCUGUUAAUGCAGAAUAUACUGUAUACAUUGCUGGUGAAACAAUUAUGGGAGCAGGAAACAGAAGUAACACAAUAUUUAUUGAAUCCUGCAAGUGUCCUACUAAUAUUUAUACUGCGUGGUACAAAGACGACAAAGAUAAAUCUUUAAUUUAUGGUGUUAAUCAAAACAUCACUGGAGGGAUAAUGUAUGACUUUUUAAAAGAUAUGACAGCUUCAAUAUGCUCUAGUUGUCCUGGUUUAAUCUCUGGGGCUGUAUCAUACAAUCUUUAUUGGGAUAGGACAAAAGAUGGACAUUCUCCUCAACGAUCAAAUCAUGAUGAUUUAAAGAAACUUGUUGAUAAUAAUGUGCACUUUAGUUUACCAGUUAAUGGCAAGGCAUCAGUUGAAACAUUUCAAUCAAAAUUUAAGUAUGUGCAAAUUGUGUCUUCGCCAGGUGUUGCAUUUAUAGUAAGAGAUGCAUCAGCAGAUUUUAAUAAGUCAAAAGCAGUUGCUGCAGCUAUAUUUAAUUGUUGGCCUGCUGUUAUAAUAAUAUUUCUUUUCUCAACUAUCAGUGGCACUUUUAUGUGGAUUCUGGAUCGUAAAAUAAAUAAAAUAGAAUUUCCAAAUGAAAGCUUUAUUCGUGGUAUUCUCCAUGGCACUUAUUGGGCGUUUGUCAGUAUGACUACUAUUGGCUAUGGCGAUAAAACUCCACGAAGCACUCCAGCAAAAAUUGCUGCUAUAUUCUGGUUGCUAACAGGUCCCAUUACCAAUGCUAUUGUUAUUGGUGCUAUAACUACAAAUCUUACAUCUGUAAAAUUGAGUUCUGAUCCAAUUCUUUAUGGUAGCAAGAUAGGUGCCAUUUAUAACACAUGUGAUUAUGCAUUAGGUGUUCGGAGAAAUGCUAAAAUGGAUACUACAGGCUAUCUGUUCAAAGACAUAGAAAGCUUAUUAAAUGCACUUGAAUCUAAAGUUUUAGAUGGGAUCUUAUUGGAUUCACUUAAAGUUGUUUCAGUAAUAGAGUCCUUUCAACAGCGGAACUUUAAGAUUGUGAAAAUAAUACCAGAACAAUGUGGAUGGGGGGUUGUUCUAUCUUCUGAUAUAAUCAAAGUGGAAGAAGAAAUACGAUCUUAUGUAAAUGCGCAAGCACAGAUGAUGAAGAAUCUUGUUGAAAAUAUAACUAAGUCAAUACAGGUUGGCAAAAAGGUUUCUACUUUGGACACUGGAUUGAUUGAUCCUAAAUCAAAAAUUUCACAAGGAAUAUAUUACUAUGGAUCAAUUGUCAUUUUAUGUGCAAUUGUUUUAGGCUUUACCCUUGAAGUUUCAUGUGCAAGGCUGAAGAAACAGAAACUUCAACCAUACAGUGCAAAUGAAGUACUAGAAGUAAAGCUUUCAAAGUUUGUGCGUAAGUUUUGUAAUUAUCUACGGAUUAAUAUAGAGAUGCAAAUUCAAAAAGAUGAUGCAGAAAUAAGUGCAUACUUUCAACAGAAAGGAUAUUCACUCGGUUUGGGCUGGUUACGUUAUUUAACAGAGGACGAAGAGAUUCUUAAAAAACAAAUGAAGUAUCAAGAAAUUAUGAGUAUUGAUUUAAACCAAUCAAAGAGCGAUUUCAAUGUUUGGUCAAAACUAAAAGAUGGAGCACGAGUUCUGCACCGCAAAGAAUAUAAUAUUUUCUAAUGUCUUUUCUUACGGUUAAAUUUUUUUCGUUGUUAUAUGUUAUGAAAAUUAAAUGUUUAAACAAUAUGUACUUGGAUAAUGCACAAUUUAAACAUUUUUAAUGUUUUUAUAACAUGCAUCUAAAGUCAUGCACCACAAAAACAUUGAAAUAUUUUUUUCUUUUCUUUUUUUUUUAAUUAAAAUAAUACUUUUUUUUUUUUUAAUGAUUUUUUAUUUUUUUUAACAGAUUUAAACAGAAAGAAAUUUCUCAAAACAAAAAAUGUUUUACUUUUCAGUAAAUUUUUUUAAUAAAAAAUAAAGAAUUCUUUCUUACAAAUAAAUUAAAUCUGCGCAGCUAAAGUUCAACUUUUCAUUUCAAGAAUAGAAAGUUUUAGAAGCUAUAAAGUUGACUAAAGUCUUAGUAAAUAAACUUGUGGGAAAUAUAUCGAAAAACCUUGCUUUUUUUUCAAAUAUAGAAUUGAAUAUUUGGAAUUGAUGCAGAAUUGAUAGCAGGCAAAUUAUUAAAAGUGCAACUGUUAUUUCUUUAAAAAAUGUUAAAGUUAAUGGGUCCUCUAAUUGUCAACUUACUUGAAGGACCACGUUUAUACAUAAUUUGUAAAAAGAUGACUUGCAAUUUUGUUUGAAUUCUUUUUGGUUUUGGUAUGCAAUGUAUUUGUAUUUUGUAAAGAGAAUAUGUAAGUUUGGAAGUAA